AGGGAAAGAGAGACCAAAUCGCGGAGAGAAGUUCAAGUUGUUUGCUGAGAAAGCUAAUUUCAUCAGAAUGGCUCAACCAGGUCGGUUAUUCACUUUCAUGUCCCUUCCUUUAUUGAUCCUGAGUGUUGUUGAGCUGGAUUUUGUUUUAUUGAAAGUAGCACAUAGCAAUUGUUUUCAAUGAUCGUUUCAACCCAACAACAAUGGUCAGACCUCUAUAGUUAUGGAAAGGAAGGUUACUUGUUUUUAUUCUCUCAAUUAAUGUACUUUAAACUCCUAAGUUACGUUUUUUGUAGAUAAGUAGGCUAAAAUUCUAGUGGAAUAGAUUUUUAAUUGGAACAUUACCAUACCUUCGGCUUGGGAAAAUUCGUGAGAUAAAAGCUUAGCGUGAUGCUGCGUGUUGAAUAUUAAAAAUUUUCUUGCGUUGGGGGUUGGCCCCUUUCAUUUUCCUAUCGAAAUCAGUCCCGUUCGUAUUUUCUGAAUUUAUGGGAUAGUGAAAUGCAGCAGUAAUGCCUCAGAUAGCUAGAUUUAUUUUAUAUAUUUAAUAAUGCAGUAAAAAAGGAACGAAUUCUACCCUUUGUUCGCGAAAUGAAGCGCAGGCCUUCUUGAAAAAAGGUAAGCAUGUAGCUGUCAAACUUAUUUCAUGUCAUCAUUUAAGUUCUUUUGAAAUUUAUAACCGUUGGAUAUGUCGACAGUGGGUAGGCAUUUUUUGCCCUCAAAAGACACAUCGUAAAGCAAAAAACAAAUAAUAUUUUAUUUUAUGCGACUGCAGUAGGAUGCACAAACAAGUAUGAAUCAUAAACAUCGAUUUGUUGUGAUGGCAACCUACAAAUUCACAUGCAAUAUUGAGGCUGAAGUUAAGUCAUCCUCGGAGACCCAGGGGCAGUCCAGGAGCGAGCAUUCGCUUGACUGUUUGGAAAUUGUCUGGUGAGAGUCGGUAUCCAGGGGCUCUUCUGCCCGUGCUUGAAAACUUUUGUCGCGCCUUUUCUCCCAGCCCGACUGACCACCCCUGGGUCUCCGAGGAAGUUGAGUGUUAUAAAGUAACUUUGCAUUGUUCUCACUGCCACCUGGUAUAAAAUAUUGUUAAGAGCAUGCAACUCAGCCUAGUCUUGCCAAAAUCAAACAGUGAAAUCUGUGCACACUGGAAUUUAUACACAGCUGAGCUUGGAAUUACCCCAGUUCAUCUCUAAAGAAUGAAGGAUUUGUGUCUAGGCAGGAAGUUUUCUUGAGCCUUUAAUUCCAUAAACUAGUAGCUAGUAGAAAUAAAAAUAUAAGAUUUAACUUAAGGCUAGGAUUGCAAAGUUUUGCCUGAAAUGAUGGACAUUUAGUGUUUCAAUUUGAUCAGUUUAGUUGAUGGCAGAUUUGUGCAGGUCAAUGAAAAUAUAAUACACUACAUAAAGCGCCAAACUGCUUUACCUAAAUAUGUUAUUGUGUGGCAUUACCAGGGUAAAUUCCGACAAGCCACGUGGCCCAAAAAGUAGUGACAGAGGGUAAAAUGAAAUCGUGACAAGGGACAACCUCCCUUGGCCAAAGCAAAGCGGAGAAUAAGCAAAAAAGAACGGUGGUUUGGCUAAUUUUUCACCAGUCUGAAUGCUAAAAAGAAGUAAUUUUUGUCAAUUUUCCUUGGUCAGUGAGUCUUCAAAAAUGUUGAAAGUGGAUCACUUAAUUGUGAAUAGCGGUGCAAAGGUGUUCCAUAUGCGAAAUGUUAACUGAGAAAUUGCAGAACUGUAAUGGUUUCUUUGCAAUGCUUUGCUAUCCCCUCUUUUCUAAAAUCCAACAAAGACAAAGAAUUUUUGUUCAAUUCCCGACAGCGACGUGAAGCAUUCACAAACAUUGACAUAAGAUGUUUUAAAAUUCAGACGAGUGACAUAGGACCCCCCCCCCUCCCCUGGCAGGGCCUCUAUUUUGGGCCGACAAACGAGUUGAAUACUAACCUGAAUCAGAGACAACCAAAACAGAAGUGCAAAGUUGCACUCAGUAACAUUUAACAUUGGUAUUAUUUCAUUUUAGGGUAGAGCCGAGGUUUAGAAUCUGAAGCCAGCCAUGAGUGGCAUGGACUUUAACGUGUCAGAUCCAAUUUUGUUCUUGUUACCAAUUCUAUUCAUUGGUUUCCUCAUUGUUGGGCUUUGUUUUGCAUUCUGUUGUUAUCUUUUGAGGUAAGCAGACAAUCUUUUAUGUCAAUAGGGACCUUAAGAUGCGUGGACGGUGGCAACAGGGAAAAUGUUGUAGAAAAAGUGAAUUCACAGUUUUCAAUCUUUAUUGUGAUUUUUCCAACUGGCAUACUUUUUUAAAUGUAGGCAAACUCUCCUGGAGCUGAAUUCCCAGCCGCGUAAUCCAAGUUCAGAAAGAGAAGUAAAAUUUUGUUGGUGCUUUUUUACAUCCUCCAUAAAACAUAAAGUUGUGUAAAACAUUUUCACGUUGUAGUCAUGCACAACUCCAAAGGAAUGUACAAAAAAGUCUGAUGCACAAGCAAAUUGUUGGUUUGCUUAUUAAACCUAUUGCUUUUUUGACAUUCUCGUUGCCAUUUCUGUCGUCAGAUCUUAUAGUCCCUUAUGUCACUCAGGACUCAGAAAGUUAAAAAUGAUCCUGGGUCCUUGUAGACCUUAAGUCAGAAUUGUAAUACUGAAAAUUUCUUCCCUCAGGAGCCAAGAUCUAGAUGUAUUCAUUGGGUGAUGUUCUGUGUCUGCAAUUAAAUAAUGUGUCAACUUUAAAUUCUUACUCUUUAGUCUAGCAUUGUCACCUUAAUUGUCAUAGUGGUGAAGUUUGCUUGUCUUUAUAACCCUUUAAGUCCCAAGAAGAGUCUAGUAUAAGAAAAUUCAGUACAAAAUCUAGAGGGAAGGUUAUGAGAACUAUUGUUGAUCUUUUGGCAUAUUCUCUCAACUUAUUCUUCAAGUAAAUGUAUGGAAAUCAGUAUGGAGAAUUUGAAUCUGGAUAUUGUGCUCUAAGGGUUAAUAAGCCUAAGAUUUAAGCGCCACUACCCGAAUAAGCAUCGCUCUUGAAUAAGGGCCACACCUUUACUGAAAACAAUUUAAUAAGUGUUGCUCUUGAAUAAGUGUUGUGGUGCUAAUUUGGGUAUUUAUAAAUAAACACCCCAGUUUUGUUACAGCACUUGUUUUAAGAGAUAUCAAAACCAUAUCGCUUAAGAAAUAAGAUCACGACUAACUCUCAGGUUAUAUAUUCCUUUCGGUGUUUUCCCCGUAGUUGAAAUAAUCACCACACUCAAAUAAGCAUCACUCUUGAAUAAGCGCUGCACCUUUAACAGGGAAAAUGAAAUAACGGCUGCGGUGCUUAAUCAGUCAUUAACAGCUCCCUCAAACCAUAUGGGAUUGGUCAAUGGUGAGAGGUCAGACUAAGAAAAGCCUCUGGUCCACUGGGUUUGAGGGUAUAGUUUGGGUCCAGUAACCGUUGUAUCUUAAAAAACAGAACCAGGAGAGAACUGUAUUGAUGGGAGAAAUAUUAUUUCCUGCCCUAGUAAUCCCUACUUGGUGUGAAGAAUGAUAAUGAUGACUUUUUAAAGAGUAACUGACAACCGAUAACUACAUGUACAUGUAUGUUUCUUUCCUCAGGACAUCUGAUGAACCCCAGCAUGAUUUAGAGUCUUCAAGAAGAGUUCAUUAUGAAGGCCUUAAAAAGGUAAAUUAUGGACUGACCAGUUAACAAGUUUUUUUUUUUAUAUAUUUCUACAAGCUGUGGUACAUGGUGGUAAAAUCUGAGACAAGAUUCGGAGUUGUUUAAAAAUCCAUGAUUGCAUAUAUCAAAAAUUCUAUGCAUGUCUGAGAGAAGCACAUGAAAUGGCACUCACUUUAGAGAUUUUGAGGUCAGAAUAGUGUCCUUUGGGUAUUCCUCUUCUUUCCCAUUUGAAUGGUGUUAAAUGACAUGUUAAAAAAAUUGAUAUAUAGUAAUCAUCUGAAUAAUUGCUUAUUUAGUAGCUAUCACAUUGAAAAGAAGAGUUGCUCAUGUAAACUGGAAAACUUAAUUAACAUAAGUUUUUCUCCUUGUUAAAUCACACUUUGAUUGGUUAAAUACCCAAUUUACUAUUUGCCCAUUGGGGAAUGCUGGCACCAAGCUAGCCCGUGCACAAAGCUGUACAGGUCAACUUUCUACGCUAAGUAACUACAGUUUGUUUUUAUCACCUAGUUUGCGAAGGUUUCUGUUUUAAUACAGAGAGAAAGUUUAAAAAAAUGUCAAAGAAACUGAGGUGGAAAACUACUUAUUCAGUGCUAAGGUUUUCAUGAAAGAAAAAGACUUGUAAAAAAAAUUAUUUGCGGGUGCCAUAAUGCCAGGCAGAUGACAAAACUCACAUGUCAUUUUCCUGCUAUCUAUGCGCAAAAUUAAAAGUUGUUCUGUUUUGAUUUUGUUAUAAAAGAAAUGGUAAAUGUUGUGGCUGUGCAACUAUCAAGUUAUGGAUGCCCUUAGUAGAGAAGGUUUGCUAAGCACUGUGGAAGCUAGAGUUGCUCUUGGGUAUGCCUCAAGCGAUUCUAGUAAUAAUGUGUCUUUAUUGUUCAUCAGAUAAAAAUACACUAAUGUUAUGGUAAAAAAGGUUAAAAAGUUCAGAUGAGUACAGUAAAAGGAAGAAGGGUGUUAUAACCUGUUGGGUGCACCAGUAGCUGGAUGGCUGCACCCUGUACCUUUACCAUUUCUUUAGUGGAUUCUAAGGAGGUUCAUGCAGAGCUCUUAUCAGAGCCAUAUAGUAAAGUUUGCUUGAUGAACAGCUACGUGUAGCACUUAGACCUCAGUUAAGACAUUGGCCAGCCAGUCAAUUGAUUUAAACCGCGCCAACAAUCCAGCAAUAAGCCAAUCUGAAUAUGCCUUAAAUACAAUGGGCAUUAUUGUUGUGGAAGCUAUGGAAUGCUUACUAGCUUGUCAUGCUUCAAGUAUGUUAUGUACUUCAUCUUAUUAAAUAAAUAUUUCUGCUAUUUUAUUUCGUUGAAGACAAAUUACAAGAAGAAAUGGUUGAAGAAAGUUUCUCUGAAGAGUGAUGUAAGUAGAAUAAGAACAAGUUUUGCUGACAUGUAAUAUUGUGUAACAUAACUUACAAACUUUUGUUGUUUCUGGAAUUCCAGUGUAUUCUCUUGGUCUCUUGUUUCUUUUUGUCACUCUUCAGUUCAUUAAUACAGCUUUUUUUCUUUCUUUUAGACGUGUGCAAUUUGUUUGGAUGAUUUUAGGAACAAGGAGGAAAUUAGUAUUUGUAGAUGUGGGCAUGCUUAUCACCACAAGUAGGUCAAGCAAAUGUUUAUUUCUUUUAUUUUUUAACUUAGGAGAAAACUAAGAUAGAAGUUCACUCCCCACCUCCUUGCCUUAAGCUAGGGCUGCAUGAGUUAUCUCAUUUUUUGCGUGUGUUGGUGAAAUGGAGGCUGUCAAUAGUUUAGCAAUGAGUACCUCUUGGACCUCUUGAAGAAAGUGAUCAAUAGCUUCUACAUUUCAUCCAUCAUCCUCACCCAAUUCAAUUCAAUUCAGCCUCCUCUCAAAUAAUUCCUAGAGCUUGUAUUAUACAGCUUUCAGGGGCCAAUCCUGACUAAAAAGGAGAGGCCAAGGCAACUGCAGCUAGAGAUGGCUGUAAAAAUUUAAAUAGCACCUCAGCAAAAAAGUGAGAGUGUCAUGCUAAAAAGUCUGCUCAUAGACUGGGAACCCUCUCAGUAAGCACAUGGCUCUUUCGCAAGCAAAAACAUUCAUGUGCCCAAAGAAAACGCCUGCACUGCAGGCUAGUGGCAUUUUUCUGUGGGAACUCUAAAUGCCGAGUUAGACAGUGCGAUUUUUGCCUAUGACUAUCGUGCGGGACUAGCAUGUGUCAUGACUUUCGACCAUCCACACGUGCACAAUUUUCCCUUAUGACAUCCACCAUAUCAUACGGAUGUCAUGGGAUUAAUUUACGCAACAUGGUGUGACAUGAAGUCAUGACAUAUGCUAGUUGGGCACAACAGUUGUAAGUAAAAAUCGUACUGUCUAAAAAUCAGCCUUUAAGAUUAGGAACUACAAAGUUAACUUUUCUGUUUAAAUUAGGUGCAUUAUGAAGUGGAUGGAGAUUAAAGAAACAUGUCCAAUAUGCCAACGUAAUUGUAGGCAUGGAGGUGCAUCAGCAGAUGGAGAAAGAACUCCUUUAUUAUUAGAUGUAUGAGUGGCUUAUUUUGCAAGGUUAAAUGCGGCCCUCAGGAUGUGGGCUUUUCUAAAGACUGACUGGAAUACUCACAGGAGUUUUAAAGACAUGGGAGCUACUCUGUAUAAUCACCAAUUCUUGAUUAAUUCAUUUGUGGGUAAUUAUCAGCGGCUUUAAGAUACAGUUGUAGCAGAUAAUCCUUUUAUGGCUUGUGUAUGAAUUGACUGUCUCUUAUGCUGAAGAAAUGGCUAGGCUACCAGGAUUAUCUGCUACAAGUGUAUCUUAAAGCCUCUGAUAAUUACCCACAAGCUGACAAUGAAAUGAGAGAAUAACAUUUUGAAGCCAAUUUCAUGGGUGGCCAGCAACCCCAGAAAAAAUUUGCUUGUCUCUGCAAGUCAUGGGUCAAUUUUUAAGUGAAACAAUUACAUGCAUGCUAUCUUUGCCAGAUUAUCUGCGAGCCUCUUGAAUAUGGUAUGAAGCUCCUCGUCUCCCAUAUGGGUCCAAAACUCCAGAAUGGAAUUGAGUUUUGAGUUUUCCUGAAAUUUAUUUUGGAAUUUAGCCCAAUUUUGCCCUUUAUGCAAAAUAAUCUUUGAUCAUAGUACAGUGCCUUGGGUGGCAUUUUUUUGCAUAUUUCAACAAUGACAAGACUAUUUCGUCAAAAAAGUGAAUUAUUACAGUAUGUAUAAUGUCCUGAGCUAUGCCCAUGUUAUAAUGUGGGGACUGGGUCGAUUUGUGUUUAUUGGUAGUGGGGUGCAUGGUUGAAGUUGAGGAGGUACUACAAAAGAGACAGUUUCCAGGUGUCCAAGGGUUUGCAUAUCUGCUCUUUUUUUAGGUGUGAGAACACUGAACUUGCGAUGUAAUUUACGAGGGUAGCUCCGUGAUUGGUAACUUUAAAAUCGAGAAGGUAACUGGAGCCGAAAUGCAACUUGCAAUAAUUGUUUCAGGGAUUGUUACUGGGCAGGCGCCAGUCAGCUAUUGGCCAUUUUUCCCUUCUCCCUACUCGCUAGUAACAGUCCCAUAAGUCUUUGUGAAAGUUAACUAAACCCAGUUCCCUCUCGUUGCUGAAGUGGCAAAUUGUUGUCAAGUCUAUAAACACAAAACUUGACUCCAUGAAUGGUUUUGACUUUCAUUGUAAUUGGUUGAGAUGUUGGUACCAGAGGGAGUUCUACAUUAGCCGAUCGCUGUUGACAAUAUUUUAUUAAUCAGAAUACCUCAGUGUCAUGUCUUACAUAACUGAGUUUACAUAAUUUAUCACUUGAUAAAAAGGGCAUUGUAAGUAUUAUGCCAUCUCUAUAGAAGCCUUUCUGAGCUUAAUUUAUUUAGUCCAAGUUAAAGUCUUUUACUUUGUAAAUGUGUAAAUUUUUAAAGAGAAUUUCUUGUAAAUAUAGAUAUAGAUAAAUACAGAUUUUUAAGAUAGAGCGAUUGCUCUAUGAUCUUUUGAAAGACGUUUUCUCUGGUUGCUGUUUGCAAUAUAAUCAACCAGCAAGGGAAUGAAAAAUUUGCCAUGAAAAUAGAUUAAAGAGAACUAGCAAUGUGAAAUAAAGAAAAAAAGGUUGUUUGUAAGUUACUGGCAAACCAAUUAAACGAGAUAUUUUCAUAUGUUAUAGUUAGUGUAGAAAUCUUGAGACUAAACCUGUUUGAAUAAUCUUGUAAAGAAAUUAUAUACGUUGAUAUUAUAAUGUAAACUAAUCAAAAAAAAGAAUCUGGUAUUGAAGCACCUCACCUUGUCUUUGUUUUUCUUUAUGGCUUGUCUGUUUUUUUUAAUAUAUAUUUUUUAUUGCAGAAACGUUAAGGGAUGUUGCAUAAGCAUUUUGUCGGAAAAGAGGGUAAAAUGAGGGGUAUCAAGAGAGAAUAACGCUACUUGACCUAUACUCUUGCGAUUAGUAAUAGUAACAGGACUGAGUGGAGUCUACUUCGGUAGUCUGAUUUGUUUAAUCACGAGUAUGAUUACAGACUGAAUUGGACGAUACGAAGUUCUGUUACCAAUUAAUCAUAACUUUAACAAAAUUUGUGAUAUAUAAGGUCCUUUCUUAAAAUCAAAACAGAAGAAGAAGAAACACGUGGUGGCGCGUACUGUCCAAUACUUAAGCAUGACGCGUACUGUCCUACUAAAUUGUCCAAUUAAGGCUGAAAUCAGGGCAGUUGAUAGCCAAUCAGAUUUGAGAAUUUUAGUUAUAGUUAUGAUUAUAAAUUAAACAAGUCAAGCAUUCGUGGAUUUUUUUUUCUGGGGCCAGACUGGUCAUUUCGCUGCCUUAAAGCGACCUCCGGCUAAUCUAGAAUUUGAGGAUUGUGGGUAUGAGAUUGGCAAGCUCGUGUCCCUGAGUAGCCGCGCCUCUCUCACGCUCUGGAGGACGAGCAGGAGAGAACCAUGGCAAGGAGGCGGCGAGAUUGCUAUUCACCUUCAUUGUUUCUGUUUUGGAAGCCCUUGUGGGUCCCAGGAUUCCUUACUUAGUCACACAACCUCGUUCUCGGUGUCUUUUCUUCCCUUGAUAUCUUCACGUUUCUAAAAGAAGGAACCUGGAAAAAAAGGCUGCAAAAAAACGUUCGACAUAGCCCAAGACAUUGCCUAACCUCUUAGGCUCCAUUUCCACCGUCUCCCGGGGCGGGCUCAUUUUCCCGAACAGCGGCUGGUAAUCGAGCCUACUAACCUCUAUGCCUUAGUAUUCCCGCAUGACCUAUGCGUUUCGGGUCACGUGUUUAAGUCGACUUAACGUCACUGAACUGACCAGUGUUACAGUGUUAUGGGCUCCCCCGCGUUUUCGCCAUCCCCAUUCCCAAAACCCUAGCGAUAUGGGCAUUAACUUAGCGAUUUGGGCUAGGGUCACCGGGGAUGCCCAUAUCCCUGGAGUUUUGGGAAUGGGGACGCCCAAAACGUGCGGGAUGCCCAUAUCACUGUGACACCGGAAAGGGCUGGGAAGACUCCGGACAGGGACUUGGCAAAAGAUUUAGACACAGGCAAACCGAACAAAGACACUGGCAACGAGGUCGCUACAAGGUUCUUUCAUUUCGUCCUCUCAUGUACUUAUAAUAAGUACUAACAACAUGGCCUACUUAAGCAGUGAUUUGACAUUCAGCAAAUAAACGUGCGCAGACUCGACUGUUUGAAGGUCAGUGCCAGUUUCCUUAACAUUAAAAUGAGGGGAAAUUACUCGGCUGUGGCUGGUAUGAGAAACAUACUCGCGUGAACGUCGGUAGUUAUAAAUAAAUGCACGUGGAACCAAGAAAGAAAAAAGAAGAAGGAAAAUUUGAUAAAAAACGUAUUCCACUACACCUGCCGAGGAAUCUAAAAAAGACUAAAUGUCAGUUAUUAGGAUAUCAAAACAUUUUUAUGAAAUAUUAAUAGCUGAAACACUGAUUUUAAUUAUGAUGAAAGUAUACUCUAUAAGUUAUUUCUUUCCAUUUACAGCUUGAGGAAUGGCUAAUACUAUUGUUGGUAUCUUUAGUCGUCGUCUUAUAUGCAAAAGUAACGCGACGCGGCAUUAAAAAUGAGUGUUCUAAACGUUUGAAUUUGCAGUAGAUAUUUCGACAACUUAUCAUCAUGGUAGAAAAUGUUUUAGGCGCUCUCUCUGUAACAUGUAAAUAAUCUGGAAACAGCUAAAACAAUAUUAACAUUUUUUCAAUCUCACUUUCUACGGAAAAUCGACCUAUCCUAAAUUAAACAAAUUGGAGAGUGUUUGAAUUUUUUUUUCAGAUAUGUACUGUCGGCCGCCGAGUCCUCUUUUGUUUUAACUUACUUCACUUUGGAUAUUUAAGCGAGGAGGACAUUUCUCUGCAUUUUACUUUGACUAUGCGAAAAAUCUAUGCCGCGGCGCCAGCUUUACUGUGCAAAUAAUGAAAUAAAACGUCAUUCGAACUUGUCGACUUUGGUUAUAUUACACACUCACAUGCAAAACUUGCCCCGAGGCUGUAUUUGUCAAUAACAGCCUUUUCAGUUUUUGCAAGUAUAUAAUUAGAAGAAACGAUUUGUAUUUAAUUUUAAAAGCACAAGGUCAAAGAAUUGUCCUAUUGAAGUUAACUACAAACGUGCAGCAGGGGCACCCAACAACGAUUUCCUUCUAAAUACGUUGAAAACACUUUUUAGGCUAUGCAGAGUAGUUUAAGAUCUCAAGAAAUACAUUCUAAGUGGCGGUAUAAAACUGGAUUCUGUUCGGUCAUCCUAGGGGACUUUGCGUCUUUUCGAAAUUACAAGGGCUUCAGAAUUAUUUUUCUCAAAAUUUUAGAUGCAAUUUAUCCUUUUACGAAUGUGAAAAUUUUUCUGAUUCCUCUCUCAAUAACAGUUUUGAAUCUGAAAGUUUUAUGUUUCGUUUUUCUUUUUACUUGGGGAGUGAAAUGUGAUAAAUUAAGCCUCAGAAAAUCGUAGGGGAUUUAUGAGAAAGUUUCGAAAAUUGUACAUGAAUGGAACGGUUAUGGCGAAAUUUUUAGCCGUCCUCAAGUAAUAGAAAAUUCUAGGCAAUAUUGCUUCUCCGAACAGAUAUUUUACAGAAAGCAGUCGUUGGGUGCCCCUGGUGCACGAAGUGGAGGGAGACUAAUCUAAAUAAUGUUUGUGUUUCAUGCAUUUGUUUCAGGUAAAAAUUAUAUUCAGGUUAAAAAUUUGUAACCUAGGUUGGUAACAUAUUCAUGAUUUUAUUAGGAAACGGCUUACGUCGACAGUGCUUUGAAACUUGAAUGGUCUCUUAAACUCCGUAAAAAAUACAUCAGCCAUAAGUCACUCGCAGCUAUAGCUCCAAAACUUGCGUGGAAUGACCACCAUAUGAAAUGGGUGGUGAUGUUUGUCCUCUAGUUUAGGGAUGUAAAUUGCAGAUUCGGCGGGGACAGAAGGUCUAUUUUCACCAGUACAGGCAUCCAAAUAUUGAUCCGACAGUGCUGAAGGCAACAUUCCAUGUCCAUAUCUUUAGCACAACCAGAAACGUUGCCUCUUAUCUGCAAUCUUAUCUAAGGCCCCCUUAUGGGGGAAAUAAAGCUUGAGUCACGCCUACAAUCGGCGACAAAAAGGUCGAGGCAUUGUACUCAAAUAGGGUAACUUCAAGGAACAAAAGAAUCCGCACCCCUCCCCUGUCCCCUCCAUUCUAAGUUGGGGUGUUUGAUGUUUUCUGUAGGUAGCUCGAACAUCGGUACAACAUUGCAUGUAGCGAUUUCCUCCUUUUGAAGCCAGUAAAACGUAAAAAAGCCCAGUUUAGGGCGAAGUGUCUCAACUCAUUUUGUCGCCCAUUGUAGAUUGGUCUUCUUUAGGGAAGGCAAGGGUGGUACAGUGAUGGGAGCACUCGCAUCCCACCAAUUUUAGCAGAUGCAAAUCUAGGCGUUGAAGCCAUAUGUGGGUUCAGUUUGUUGUUGGUUCUCAUCUUUGCUCUGAGAAGUUUUCCUCCAUCAUGUAGUCCGCUUUUUCCCCCUCUCCUCAAAAACCAACAUUUCUAAAUUGCUAUUCGAUAAGGAGUUAGGUGACCGAAGAACCAAUACGUUACGCUACCUGGAUUUAUAUCGUUAUUUAUUGUCAUUUAGUUUAUUCAUUUAUUUUUUUCUGACUAGCAUCACGGUUUUAUACGGGAGUUUCCAACCCUCGAUCCUCUCCCAUCCCCUGCCACGGGAAGACUGGCUCAUAGUCUAUCGCGAUGAAUGUGCCGCUCUGGCCCGCUAAUUUAAUCCUGCCUAGAAAGCAUUUCCGUAUGAUUUCGGAGCAAAGAUCUAGAAAGACCGAGGAAUCUCAGCUUCAAUUGUUUUCUUGUAUUAUAUCAGCGUAUAUCUUACUUAGUGCUGUCAGCCGGCUACCGGUGGUUUCUCAAUACUUAUUAAAAGGGCCUUUAAGUUUUUACUUAGCAAUAGUAAGUAGUGUCGAUUGAAUACUUCACUAGAGUUGAUGACAAGAGAUCUAAUCAUACUGCGAUAUUUUUCCCUGAUAAAGCUUUAGUUUCGAAAAACCAAACACGCACCAGCAUCAAUGCCUUUUGUAUGACACCAGAAACUCAAAUGAUUUGAUCCUGGCAGCAUGCAUUUACGUUGCUGAUAAUGUAACAACUUACUAGCGUUUUCUUAACAGCUAGACAUUCAGUCGGGGCACUAAUCUCAUCAGAGUCUGAUAUAUCGUAACGUAACAAAACCACACACACGAGAAAACAAAGACUAAUGAGAACCGGUUUCGGAAACAGUUGCAACAUCAUGCAAUUCUCAACAAUUAAAUAUUUUUUCAGGGUAUAGCUUAAGGCUAUCAGAUCAUAAAACCCACAGACAAUCACAAGUGCCGAAUACUGCCGAUCAGUGAAUGAGCGAACACUGUCAUUUUUAUCAAAUAAAAAUAUUACAAUAACUAUUAUUUUUCGUCAUCUUUUCGUGCAGACAUGGCGGUAGAUAAGCCUCGAUGUAGACCUGGCUAUCAGACUUAUCAGUCUUCAACUAACCGGUUAUUAUCCCAUUCGUGCUCAGCCUUUUUAGAGCUCUUUUAGUGCAUGCAAAUAAUUUGCUCAAUUUGUUGGUUGUUUAUUUUAUCCUUGUUACGCUAUGUUAACUGAAUUAAGCGGUCUGAUUUCAUUAACACCUUUUUAGAACACGUUGGUAGACUGGAAAGAUCUCAGUUAUUGGACAGAUAAACCAGUUGCCCUCAUAUCGUGUCCAGAGCACUUGGUUGCUUCACUGCCUACAGUACUAGACAAGCGCAUAUCAAUAAGGACCACUAUAAGCAAGCCGGCAUUGUUUUCUUUACGCUCAACCAGUUUAUCGGCAAACUGCAAAACAUUUUCGCGGCGUUUUCAAACGCUACAUUCCUUCAACUAUGCGACCCUUGCUCAUCAUCGAUAGGUCCUACUACAAUGGCUUUUAUUUUUUUGUACGUGACAAAGGCAAACUUUCAUCCGGUUUGGCAUACUAUCUCAGGAAACAAUUACCGCCCUCUUUAAUCCGGCUCAAUACUAGGUAGAGGCACAGUUAACCUUUGCUAUUGUUGAGUGUGGUUACCACGGAGUUCAGAGCUUCUAGCUUCUAUACACCAGCAUAAAGCCAAUUUCGACUGCACUGAAUUGAGUUGAUCAGGUGAGCAUUUAUUGACUGUAUUUCACUGAGCCUAAGUAUGAGUUAAAGGCUGCUAAAAAAACUUUGGAUUUAGCUGCAGAUUCCUUGCAUGUCUGAUUUCUUUUAUCUGGUAUGCAUAAUCGACUACAUAAUUCCGGGUUUUCAGUGCCGACUUUUGAAACCAGGUUUAACGAUUGUAAAAGAUUUCCAAAUACACGUGCAGCGUUAAGGCUGCAAAUCAAAAUAAAUUGAAAUCAAAAUUCAGAAAAUUAACAAACUUUGCAAUUGGCUGCAAAUUUCAGUUCUAGAUCUUGUCUGAAUUUCUUGAAUGUAUAAUCGCCCACAGAAUUCAGGAUUGACAGCAGCCAUUUAACCAAGGUUUAACGUUUGGGUACAAACCAAUUACACGUGUGACGCAAGGCUGAAAAAACAACAACUAAACAACAACUUGAGAAUUAGCUCAGUGCAAAUUUCUGUCUUAGACCUUGUCUGUUUUGUAUUUUUUUCAAUGCAUAAUCUCCCACUGAAUUCCGAUGCUACAGUAGCUAUUGAAGGGAUUAAAGCAAGGUUUAAUGCUUGCCAAAAGUUUCGUUACAAACUAAUAGAAGAGUACACUUCAAUGUGAUUUAAAGGCUGCAAAAAAUGAAAAUGAGUAUAUGAAGUUUUAAAAAAUUUUGGUACUAGUUGCAAAUUUCAGUUCUAGAUUUUGUCUGUUUUUUUUUUUUUCCAGUGUAUAAUCACCCACACUAUUCCGGUGCUACAGUAGCUAAUUGAAGCCCAAGGUUCAACGGUUGGCAAGGUUUGGUUACAAGCUAAAUACACUUUCGACUAAAGGUGCAAACAAAUUUGGAAUUAUCGACAAAUUCUAGAUCCUGUCUGGUUCUUUUUUAAAGGAUAUCCGGUACUACAGUAGCCAUUGAGGCAACAACAAGGUUUAAAAUUUGUUUAAACGAAGACGACCAUUUUUGUGUAUUUGUGUGAUUGGUUUUCAGCUGGAAUUCCAAAACCCGAAAUAACACUUCGUCAAUAAUUUUCUAGUACUUUGAUUAUUCUUAUAGCACCUGGCUCUACAAACUGUAUUUGUGGGUUAGCAACAACAAUUUUUCUUCCCUUAAAAAUUAAUACAUUCUAAUUGGACAAGAAAACUGUGGCUUUCCUAGCGAGCGACAAAAUAAAAACAAAAUAAUCUCGCGUUUUCGCCGAAAGGUUUUUCAGUUGCACCAAACAACGUAACAUUGAGAAAUAACGUAACACUCCCACCUUUUACGGCCAGUUGCUGUAUUUCCCUCAUGCAUUCACUGAUACGAUAUACACUGUACGUCAGUGAGGUACUUGGAGUUUAAUGUGCGAAACACGCCAUCUUCUAUGCGUCAGUACGGGUGGUCAGGUAAGCGCAGAUGUAGAAUUAUAAAGCUAGCCGACCUCAGCAAACACUAGAAACGUGACGAUGCAUAUUUUUACAAAAAUCGUAAAUCCAAAGACGUAAAAUAUCUUGCAGGUAUCCUGCGUAGGCGAGAAGAUUCUGAUCUCUUUGAAACAUAAUGCCGAGGUGAUUUACUGAUUUUUACAACUUAAGACGCUCAAACUUCAGCCGGGGUUUUCCAGCACUCCGGGGUUUGUAAAAACAUGAUUAUUCGAUGGCAGAAUAUGCGAAAGCAAUAGUUUGAAACCAAAUAGGCAUAUAAGUAGCAAGACUAGGUUUCUAUUCUUACCACUGAAAUAUGCAAGAGCGACAAUGAAAACAGUUUGUGUUCUCUCAGCCUAAAUUUAAUUAAAGAUAAUUAGAAUUUCUCCUAGGAUUUUGUAGAAAGUUGGUUUUUGAAGUUAGUCGCCUUUGUCCGCGUCAGUAAGCGUCCCGUUUUGUCGCAUUCGCAAAAACUGCUCAUACAGUUUACGUUCUUUUUAUGCGCUACACGGCCUUGGUCUACUGUAACCUGUUUCUUCUUCUUCUUCUCACUACUAUUUUGAAAUUUAAGUCAAACGCGUUAUAACGAUUUAAGGGAUGGCGGUAGGAUUGAUUUGGAAAACAUGGGCGUUAUUAACCUACGGAAAAUUUCUAGCUAAUCACUGGAAACACUUGACAAUUCAACUCUGUACCUGCGGAACGGACACAAAAUCUUUGUUCGAAGGCAAAAGAAUAGGCGCUGGACAAAGUCAGUUAUAUAAAAGUGUAUCUUAACUAUAAGUAUAUUUUAUUUAAAUAUUAUUUUUACAAUGGCUCUGGAUAGACCCUUCAGCGAAUUGAUAUGAUAAGGACAAUUAAGUAAGGGAAAAUCCGUCAACUCCGCUAGAAACAGCACCUUUAAACGUCUAGUAAAAUUGCGGCCAAGUUUGCAUUGAAAACUCAUACAAAGAUAUAGCUACAACUUUGCAAUUUUACUAAUUUUAAGGCGCUGUGUUCAGUGGUGUCGACGAAUUUUGCCUAACUGGUCCAUCUGAAAAGUUGAAGGAAGGGUCUUUUCUAUGCAGUUCAUCACAGGCCCCGCCAAGGGUCAUAAAGUAUAAAAUAAAUAUAUAUCAUGAUAGUGAAUGCUUGGUAAUAAAUACUGGUGAAUUAAACAUGAAAAAAAUAAUAGGAAAUAGUCAAGAUUGCUAAAGGAAAAAGCUAGAAAAAAGAUCUGGAGAACACCAAAUAUCUCUUGAACGAAUCCAUUUUGCAUUGUUAGCUGUGGACCAUUUUUUUGUUCCUAAAACGGCAAUGUAUAGCGGGUUGCGGAUAUUGAUGAUUUUCUAUAUUUUAGUCCUUCGUUUUAAGAAAGAAAAACAUCGGUAAGUAAAAGGUCCGCUAUCUUCAUUGAUUUCUAUCUUAAUGAAUUCGGUCCUUUUGCAGUUGAGUGCAUAGAUAACGGCACUGAUCUCAAGCGCUUUGUCGCAACGCACCUUUUAACCUUUUCAAAUUGAUAAUUUAGUGCAUGCCUAAAUCGGAGACUUGAUAAACGUGUUUGUACAUGUUAAUCUUGCUAGCCGAAAGGAUGGAUACGGUAUUUCAAACUCCAUUGACAAUCAGUCUUUGAAGUGGACCAGAGUUCAAGUAGUUGUGAUGGGGGAAGUAAGAUUUGACCAUUUCCGCACAAUUUAUGUAAGCACCGUUUCUAUCUCUGCCAUCACCUGAAUGCAUUUCUUUGCUGUGUUGCGCAAUUUAAAAAGACUGAGUGAAAGAACUGCAUGAUUUCGUUGAAAAAUCGAGAACAACUCAGUUAAAGAAAUCCGCAGCGGCAUAAUCCAGUCUUAUCAAAAUACUUCUUUUGGAAUAUAUUUUUCAGGUCAUAUACCGUUAUUAUUAAGUAUUAUGCAGAAAAAAAUAUCAUGAUUUUUUAUCUCAUAAUUGCCGAAAUAACAGCCUUGUUUUGCACAGAGAUUUGGUAGCCUUCGUUCUGACUUUACCCUGCGAGCAGAAGUUUCUCUGUGGCAUGACGACGCUAACGACUUAGUAAAUGCUAAAAGCCAUGUAACAAAGAAACCUCUGCUCGCAAAGUAUCUGACGUUUACUCGGGAAAAAGGUUAUUAAGUGAGUUUAGGAUAUUGAUCAAUAUCUGAUAAAGCUUUAUGACUCCGAUAGAUUGUUUCCGGCCCCGCAAUUUACCCAUGGAAAGAACACAUUAAAAAAAGACAAAAGUGCUGAAGAAAGAAUAGCUAACUUCAAUUUUUGACAGCGAUACAUAAGCCGACUGUCUAGUUUGGUCUAAAAAUCCACUGAGCUAUCUUUGAGCCCACGAUAUUUUGAAAACGGUGGUAGAGUAAGUUUCCGGCCAAAGGAAACUGGAAAGACUCUCUGAAGUUUUCAACAUACUCUUAGAGUCAUGAACCGUUUCAACCCCCUGGACAUUGAACCAUGUUCCAUAUCUGAAAAAUUUUAAUGCAUGUAAGGCUCGUGAAGAUCAUUAGCAUUCGUGUGUGCGAGUGGGUUGUCAAGUCUUCAGAGUUUUUUUUUUCUUGCAGUUGUCACGCUUGAAACUUGGGUUAGAAAAGCCACGACUAACUGCAGUCAUUCUAAAUCCUCUUCAUGACUAAAUUAAAGAUAGGGCCUUCUCUGAUGAAAUUCUUUAAUAUAUCAUUAGAAACUUAUUCGGUAAAAACUACGAAAUCGAGAAUGGAAAAAAUAUUGAAGACCAUCUCAAUAACAUACAAUUAUAGCUGUCGAUUACUAGCUUCUUUUCUGGCGGAAAUCGAGCCUACCAUAACGAAUUCAGCGUUGCAUUAAAUAUUUGGCUUGGCUCUGGUAUCACUGUUUCCUCAAAACAUGAGGUAAAGUUUAUACAGGCCUGCUAAGCCCAUUUUAAAUUUAACAACGUUUCGGUAUCAUAGGACAUCACAUCGCCUCCUCCCGCCAAGUUAGAACGUUCCUCCAGGCCUUGCCCACCUGGCUGCUGAAAAUUAUGAUAAGACUUUCUGAUCUCACAUUAAUAAAUUUUUAAUGCACCAAAGUUAAAACAAGCUUUUUUGUAAGCAAGCUUGAUAACCAAGGCAUUCUUUCUAGAACUACAUUAUGCCCACUAUUCGGAGGAGUGUCAUCUUCUUGACAUCGUAGCAAGUGUACUGGUAAAGUAUCGAUUCCUGUGUUGGUUACCGCAGUAGCACGACGGCUUCUUAUAAGGGCAGUGUGUACCCUUUUGAUAACAAGUAACGACGUUUCGAAACUCGCUGAAAAAAUUUUAGUUCGGCCACAAAAUUUAUAAAGUCACGGCCAGCCAAAACUGUCUUUAAAAACGGGGAGUAGAUAAACCAACUGUGGAUAAACAGUUUCGUUUGCAGUGCCAGUAACGAGGUGGUGUAUGUACACAAUUUCUUUAAUUUGGCUUUAUCUUAAAAUAUGGACCUCAUCCAUACUUUAACAUUUUAAUUCCGUCUGGCCCUCUGGCCAAUGAGUGGUUUUUUUUCUGUUGAAGUUGUCUCUAAGAAUUUUGGAGGUCAUGAUCACCAAAAGUCAGCUGUCUUAAUUUCACACAAUUAUCUCUGACAUGUGUCCAACUUCAAGUGGAGGGAAUCGUGAAAUGCUCCCUUCGAGAUCGUCUGUUCAAAUAGCCAUCUUUGGUGCUUAUCACGAAUAAGCUGUCGGCUAAGUGGGAUGACCUCAAGACGGGAUUAAGUGGUACACAAGAGAAUCUUUACAAAACAGGCGCACUGAGCGUUAUAAAUGUCACAAAAAGCGUUUUAAUCAGUUCGACAAGCAGAGCUUUUUGUCACGUCAGGCAUUUAAGUUCAAUUGUUGACGUCACGCGCACGUCAGUUUCUUUCAGUGUACUGUCCGCUGCGUUGUAUUCUUUUGUACGCUCAAUCAAAAGCGACAUAAAAAACAAACAAGCUUCUUGAUUUGCAUUCCGGUAAUAGCUUAAUUCGCCUCUCCAUCUGAUAAUUCGCUUGUGAAUGCAGUAGUGUUGUAAGAGCGCCCGGAUCGAUAGCAACAGCUGUUUCACAUUCUCUUGUUUGUUGCGCAGGGGCCAGAGCUUGAAGAACGCCGAAAUGGCUACAAUUGAGGACAUUAAUCGCCAGGAAGCGCUUCUCAAGCAACAGGUAUGUGGAAUUCUUUAGUGCCAACAUUGAUCGAUACAUCGCGUGGCUGCCGGCGAAAAUUUGUUGCAAACGAUGCACCGUUGAUAUUUAGCGAGAAGAUGAUGCCGCUAGCUUGAUACCCGGCGUAAAUCAUUGCCGUUAUAACAUGACCAAUUAUUUCGCGAACAGCGUACCCGUGCUGCAAUAAUCAAGACUUACGCGAAAUUGUUCAAAGUUUCGCUACGAAAAUAUUUCUUAAUGAGGUUUGAUACUUGACUGAACACUGCUGAUGAAAGUUAAAAUCGUAAGUGAGUCAGGAAAGCAUAAUUCCAUAACGGAAUAUUUUGGUGAAUACCUAUGUGGUAAAAUGACUCAUCUCGAUAGCGGCGCGGGCUAUUCCCGGGUUCCCAAUCUACAAUGCACGCGACGUUAGUUUUCAUUCGCGCGUUGCUUCUAAGUACGGAUUAUAGAUCUUUGUUAGGAUGAGAGAAAUACCAAACAAUCCCGGCUCGACUUAUUCGAGAAUAUUUUUGUUGUAUGCAUUUGGAACGUCUAGAUUCCGAUCGAGUUUUGUCGAUCUCUGACAGUCUGUUUUGUCCUCUGGAGCUGACUAGCUUGCCGGGAACCUUUUCAAGUGCGCACAGUGGAUACACAUCACCACUCUUACUCCACGCUUCAAUGCUACGAUUUUAAAUUUAAAGUCCUGCAGAUAUAAAUCACCGGGUGCUCCUUUUGAACUGUUUAUGUCAUUGAAGUCGAGAGACUUCACGCCAAGACGACUGACUUACAAGUUAAUAUCGGUAAAUAUAAGCCCAGCAUUGCAAUUCUUUGCAAUGUCCAUUUAUUCUUAUGCACUCAAGAUUUACUUCUUAAUUAAGGCUCAUAUCAAUGUAAUUGAGCAAAUGUUGGUUAAUAGUUUCAUGCUUUUUCGCUAAAGAACUGUGUUUAGUUUGCUAGUUAAAUCCGAUUUUGAAGGUUGAUACCCCUUAUUUGGACGAGAGACUGAUAAGAACACUGCGCCUUUGAAAAAAUCCUGACUCUCCUUUUUGUACAUACAACUUUAAAGUGCUUUUGUGCCGGCUAUUAAAUAUGGACGCACACAAGAGCCUUGUUCAUGAUUCGUGGUUUAAAUGUCAUUGAUAAGGACGAAACAUAAAGGCUGCAGACAUUUUCAAUAAAAAUUACGAAAUGUGAGUGGUGAUUUUUGUAUUGUAAACACAUGAAUCCUAAAUAAUCUUUUGUUUUCAGGCUUAAUUUACACGUUUUUAUAAGUCUCGUUAGCAGUCACGGUUUUAAUAGGGGAAAGCUUGUCGUACGCGGCCGGAGUACUGUUUCACAAGACCUGCCAUAUUGUAGCUGUUUUGAGCAGAAAUCAAUCUCAAUUAGGGCCGAUUCAUUCUUUUGAUCUUUUGUUGCAUGUAUUAGUUGAAAAGUACAAUAGAAUAUUCCCAAAAUCGUUCGCUAUGAAAGGUGAGCUUUCGGCGAACGGUGAUGCCUGAAAUACUUGCCACUUUUCAAAAACAGGUUUUAUUGCUGGAGAAAUGCUCGGGGCUGGGUCUUAUAGAACACAAGAUCAUCAAAUGAUCUCUAUCUAUCGCACAUAGCGUAUUCCGAAUCGAAAAUAAAUGUCGCCCUUGGACCGGAUAAUCUUAAACUAGUCUUAUUUUGACUAGUUAUCUUUUUUGUUCUCAAUCUGUUUACUCUUUAGUGAGUGAUGUUUACUUUUGCGUGCAACUCUGGAGAAAGCAGUUGUGGUAUUUACAAGAAUACCUGUUUCUCGCAGCGUGACCUAAAUGACCCUGUUCAUAAAAGCUCCUCUUAGAAAUACGAGUGUUGAACAUAAUGAGAACUAAUAACCAGUUCAGGUAUAUUUAGAACUGGCCUCUCUGUGGUCUACCGCUGGGUUUGCAUAAAAGUCAUUAAGCAUCCCACUGUUUUCAACUAACUUUUCUCUAUCACUGACCAUAAACUGUAAGCCCUGACGCGCUAAUGUACUCAACGGCUGUUUUCUAAUCGUGAUUAUUGUUUUGCUUUAGAUUUUUUACCUUUUUCGAUUAUGAACUGAACAAAACAUUUUAAGACUUCCUUUGGGACAUAUUGAAUUCGUGGGAUUCAUUGAAACAUGAUGAUUAUUAUGUGCAUAUUUAAAGUAAGAAAUUAUUGAAGUUGUACUGUAUUGAUGGCUUUGUCGUAGAUUUUCUCAGUUAUCUUUCUGACCUCAACUUUACGCGCUAACUAUAAAGUACUGCAGUGAAAUGAAAACGUUUAAUAGUAUUAAAAUUUCACUUCAGUACUCCAUGGUUAGCGCUUAUAUUUCGGCAUAUUGAUUGCUCUCAUUUUAAUCAUGAAUUAAAAACAAAAAAUAGAUGCCAGCAGCUUUUUCGCGGAAAAAGUAGUACAAAGAAUGACAGGUGAGAUACCGUUCCGUAUUUUAUUAUUAUUAUUUGUUACUCACAGCCCAGAAGUUGAAAAGCAGUGGAGAUGAACUUGAUUAUUUCUUUUAUUUUUUGAUAAGGUAUGGGUUAUUUGACGCUGCACGUAGCCAAACUUAAAUUAAAGCAUUCAAGUCGAAACAGGGAGAAAACAGAGAAAAUAAACCACUAGACAACAAAACCAAUCACGGCAGAAAAUCCAUGCGCAACUAGUGUUAUCUGAAUCGGGGCCCACUUUUGAAUUCGGUAUUAAAAGUUCGGCUUCAUCUACCGACCGUUUCAACUCUGAACCAAAAAAAAGCUCGUGAUUGAAAUUCUCUGAAGAAACUGUCCUGCACUGAUACGAACUGAUGACUGAUGCGAUCUAGAACAUCCUAGAAUUUCUCCCAAACCAUCACCACCUUUUUUACUUGUGUUGCGACCCUGCGGCGCUUUAGUCAAGAUAUACUGAUGUACUGAGGCUACGAAAGCGUUGCCGCGAGUUCUAUAGGGCAACAAAACAAUACGGCAAAAGAAGGAAUUGAGUCGGAAAGGGCCUUUUAAGUAGGGCCGUCAGGCAGUCAGAAUAGAGCAUAAAAUUCAAAAACUGUCUGAGUGGAAAACUUGUAAUGGUGAGUCUGCAGUAAUUUGUGUAACUAUGCUGACAAAAUCUGUUGGAAAAAUGAUCGUGUCGCUUCUCCGCAUUACGCGGAGUUUUGUAAAUUCAGGAUGUUGAUUCUAGUUAUUAAUACUUUUCAGUCUGUUGUUGUGGAUUUAAUAAAGCUUAAGAAGGCUUUUCCAGACGCUAAGCUGUUUUUGUUUUUGUUAAGUUCCUAUUAAAGGACGCUAAUAUUUCCGAAAACUAAAGAGUCGAAAUGUCUCGAAAGCCGGGCUCGAAGUUAUUGAUCGUAUUUCUAAGGCCUUCGAGACUCGUGAAAUUCGGGAAAAUAAACUGAUCUUUCUCGUAAAAUGGUUCUGAUGGUAUUCGGCACAAAAUUUCACUCAAUAUCGCGGCUUCGAACCAUGAGCUGAAACGUAGCCAGUCCAGAGCAUUUCCCUUUUGGAAAUGUUUUGUAGCGGGAAAGGGCGAACCAAAACGGUCAUCGGUGCUUUGUUUCCGAGUUGCGAUGAACUUCCCCCAGUGUAUUGACAUCACCCAAUACAUGUAGUAUUUUGCUUGUAAAUUUCAUUCUUCGGUCGCUGUCAACAGUUCUAGAGGCAACGUUGCGAUGGCAUCGAGCAAAUGUUUAAUGUUCCAAAACUAACUGUAAGUACUCCUUGUUCAAGCCGUGCGUCUGAAUUUUACCACCGACUAAUGGCAAUGGUCUGCCGUCAGUGAAGACCCAUCAACACUCGACCCAACGGCUUUCCUUGUAACAUUUACAACGAUAUCACUUAACCUACUCACGACACAUUCAGAACAAGUAGUUUUUAAGAGAGAUUAAAGUUCAUGAAUGCCAUAUUUUUUUACCACUUAAGAUUCAUUUUACGGUAUUUUCUCAUUAAAGUUUCCAACAAUCUUAAAAUACCUUCAUGUGCGCAUUGUCGCCAGAAGACGAAUAAUUAAAAAUUGGGAAAGAAACAGAAACAAGCAGAGAAUGGCUUGCAAAUUAAGACAAAGCUCUGGGUAGUCUUGAGUGGGUGUGUGUGUGGGCUAAUCACUGGCUGUUGCUCGAAGUUAACUAUGACCAACUAUUUUAUGAAGUUAAAAUAUGUUCGCGUAUCGUCGCAGCCUACGAAAAGGUCAUUCACCAAAUUUUCACUACUUGACUCGGGCAAUUACGGGAAAACGCGACUUAGUGACUAGUCUCAGCCGGGAUUUUGACCGAAAAGUUCGCUUCUUUUCUGUCCAGCAUUUAAGCCUUAAAAGGGGUGAGGAAUCGUUGAAAAAGAGAAAGCUUGCGGUUGCAAGUGAGCUUUACUUCAGGGACACCCAAUGGAAUUAUAGUUCAAAACCACUUAAACGUACCAUGUUAAACGUGUUUUAGUAUUUAAACAGUAGAUAUAGGAUUUUUAUCCCCUAAAAAUUUUUCAUCUGUUCGGAUUUCCUAGCUGAAAGUCUAGUGAUCCGAAAAUUCUAGGGAUCAAAACUUACCUUUUCGAAAAUUUUUGCCAGAAAAAAGGCUCCCGAAAAUUCUAGGUGACCUUUUUAGGGUAAAAAUCCGUUAAAAUGGGCAAUUUUAUCAUUUUUUAGAUGUUCGAAAAUCGUAGGAGAGGCAGACAAGCAAGAAAUUUUACAAAUGUUCCGAAAAUUCUAGAUCUCAGAUCGUGUUCCGAACAGAUAUUUUCCCACAAUUGACGGUGGGUGCCCCUGUUUACUUCGUUGUUUCUCAUUAACAGAUGUGUAAAAUGAGAUUUCGGACUUUUCACUGUCCAUCAAUGACACUUUUACAGCGGAAUUUAAACCUCUUUGCCUGACACCGUGAACGGUCAAACCUCGCUUGACGGACACCCGCUAAAUACUGACACCUCAGUUAUUACGUACAGUUUACUUUCAAUACAGACACCCUGUUAAUACGGACAAUUUCAAUAUCCCCCUCACUGUCUGUAUUAACAGCGUAAUGCGGAUAUGCAUUUGUUUGUCGACGGAGUUGGUUAAGUCAAGUAGUCUCCGUAAAAAAUUGAGUAGGUAAUAUUUCUUGCACCAACUUGCACUUAGGCAGAGCGAAUCAAGAGUUUGUGGGUCGAACAGUGGAGCAAUUGACAACAUUAACGUCUUUAAUUUGAACUGAUGUUCUUGUUUUGUUUUUUGAUGUUAGUCAGCAUAAUAAUUAUUCCCGGCAAUAUACGUCAAUAUCGUUUCUUCAGUUUUGAUUACAUUUGUGUCGUCGAUGCUUGCGCUUUGAAAAUUUUAGAUAAUUUUAAAUAUCACCAUCACCAUCAUCAUCAUCGUUGGACAAAAGGACUAAUGAACUAGCGAUGGUGGUGAAAGACAUUCGUGCGUUUAGGGACUUAUUCGAGCCCUGAUUGGAUGAAGUGUGAUGGAAAUUUGCAUGGACCGAGAUUAAAAACUCUAGUGUUAAAAAAUAUAGGUCAGAACAGUUUAGAACUUGGAAGGACUUGGACAGAGAGACAAUUUUCGUUUAUUCGACAGCAGCCCAUCAAAUUUGAUGGGCUCCUGUAUUCGAUUAAUAGUUUUUGAAUUCGCUUGGUAGUUUUUUGUGAAUUUGAAUUCGGUCAAAUUGUAAAAUUCGAAGUUAAGAGUUUGUGUACAAUCAGUUUGAAUAUAGUUCAAUCUCGUGAACAAUCAUCAUCAUCGUCGUCGUUAUCAUCGUCAUCAUCAUCAUUAUCGUUAUUCUACUAUUCGAUGUAUCAACCACACUCCUACAGUGUACAGCUCAGAGUCUCUUGAUUCACCUAGUUUCAGGGCUAGCACUACUCUUAACAUCAGCUUAUCUUUGCGGUGGUAUAUUGAGUAGUAAGAGUCCCUGUUAUCGCCCAUCGCAGUUUCUUUUGAAGUUAGCCCGUUCAUUCAUAUGUAAUGGAAUGGGUUAUCAUACAUCUCCAUCUUCUGCUAUCACCCCACCUAGGGUAGUCCUAUAUGCUUCAUUACACAGCAGAAAACCAGGAGAACCGAGAACAAAUUCGAUUACCAGCCGCUGUUCGGCAAACGAGCCCGCGCUCCUCCACCGAAGCCUCUUCUCGGGGCGUCGGGGCGGACCCGAGAAGGCGGCGGAAAUCCAGCCGAACUGUCGCCACGAGAAUGACUAACUGUGGCUUGCACAAAAGUACUACUACCGGGCCAAAUUCAGUGACUCUCCUGUUUAAAACUCUUUGGUUUAAUAAAGCGAACCUGUUAACCUACGCUAUCGGUGACUAUCGUAACUUCUUAUCGACUGAUAUAUCGUGGGGACUUUUGUCUGACAGUUUGCGCGCUCUUAAGUCUCCGCGUUAGACAUUUUUAUUUUCGCUGUUGGUAUAUUAGAGAACAGCCUUAGUCAAGGUAUUUUAUCCUUGUCAAAUCUAUUCAUUAUUCAAAGAACGGAAGCAUGUUUUAUCUCUACAUUUAAAAUUAGUAGUUGAUUAGAGCAAUAUUUAUAGAUCAAAAUGCAAUUCACGAGAUGAUCAGUCAUCGAAGUUAUUUUUGUAUUAGCUGGAUCAUCCUCUGCUAAAUGUUUGGUCUGAUUAGCUUUGACAGAACUUAGUUCUUUAUCAAUUGUUAUUGACUUUAAGCAUUUCUGAGCAGCGGAGAAUGACAGUCAGUUUCUCUUUCAAAUUGGCUUUGAAAAGUGAAUAAAUGAAAGAAACAAACAUGAAAUCCUUCCGACUCGAAACGGAAGUAAUAAUAAUUAAUAAUAAUUUACUAUUUAAUUUAAUCUUCUCAGCUUUAUAUCCAGAUGUCACUUUAGAAUUCUAGUUUUAUUUUGUAAUUGUCAGAUAUUUUAAAUCGGUGAAACGCAGUAAUGUUUUUUUUAACGCGGUGAUGCAGUGCCUGUCUUUAGAAAUUCCAAAGAAUGGUCUACUUGUCUCACAUUUUACUGAACCUGAUAGAAAUAUUUUUCCACAUUUAUACUCGAAAAGAUAAGGUUCAUAUGUAUACGGUCAAAAGGUUGACAUAACAUGAGCCAAAUAAUUCACAGUAUGUCCUUUUUAAUUCAGCUUUCAUUUCAUUAUAGCGGUCGUUUGAUUUCACAACCUCUGCGGUCAUUUGUUUCUUUCUGUUCGAUAAUUUCGCGACAGACUCUUACCCAUUCGCUUCUCUGUAUUCGCGCUGUGAUUAAUGGGAAGGAUUUAAUGAGUUAGCGCCUCUUCAUGCGUCAAUUUUCCUUUCCAUAUUCCUUUGCUAAAAUCAAUGAGUGGCUACUGAGUAAAAGUAUGGGCUUUAGACGCUAUGGUAAAACCACUUUAUGGCCUAACCAUACGCUAACAAUUUUACGACGCAAAGUUUAAAAUUCUGCUUCCGUCUACGUCAAAUCUGAUUUUUAGGUUUUUGUUCUCACGACCGUCUGUAAACAAAUCUACUUCUUUGCACUCUGUAUAUUGAAAAAAAAGUAUGAUCAAAGAUAGUUCUAGCAGUCUCGUGAUUUUCGCAGUUUAUCUCAAACAUAAAGAUUUAGCCAAGCCUAAAAACGGAGCUCCCACUUACUACAACAUCUUAAACCUCGCCGAAAAAGGUGAAAUGAUUAUACAGCAAAAGCCCGUUGGGUAUUCCGACUGAAAUCUUCUCUUUUCCUUUUUUCAGUUAGAGACUACUAAAAAUAUCUCCGAUCGAAGAAAACUCCGUGCAGAAUUGCGCGGUCUUAAGGAGAAGAAGGAAAAGCUGACAGAUGAAAAUGGCAACGAAACUAAAGCCCCCUCAAUGUCGUCCAAGUUUACAAUGUCUUUGGGCAGUUCUGAGAGAAACAGAUACCAGGAAAGAACCAACCGCAUCAACAGAGAGGAAAGUCCAGCUAGAAAAGAGAACGUCGCUCCGCAAAAACCGAAAAACACACGGAGUACGUAUAGCUUUAAGAUGGCGAGCACUGAAGAGAAGGCACCUGAGACCCGUGCGACAGAGAUCUACCCCCGUCGGCAUCAAACCAACCAUGUGGAAUCAAACAUCGAGGAGAAGAAGCCGAGAAAGGAUCAAGACAUGAAUAACAACAAGAUGGAGAAAGAGAAACAAGAGGAAGUUCCUAAGCGAAUGUCCCGGAGAUCAUCUUUAGCCGAACUUUUUAAGAUUGAUCAGGCGGGAAAAGAAAAGGAAAGGCCUUCAACAGCCCCUCCCGUACAUCAGCUGACUGUUUCAUCUUCGCCAACCGUUCAACACCGGAAACCUUUAGAGACGCAUCAAGAUAUGAAGACGAAGCAGGAUCUACUUCAGAAUCUUGGGAGGCUGAGAGGUCGAAGACGAUCGGUCCGCGAGAUCGAGAGAAAGGAGGAAUUGGACGGCCUAAUGUACGUCAAGAGUGGAGACACAGUCAAACUGGUGAAUACUUCAAAAGGAGAUGAACAAGCUAAGGAGCAACGAAAGAUACGGCGCACUUCACGAAAGGAAAGCCACGAAAAGAUCAAGAUUGAAGGCGACACCGUGAGCGCCUGCGGCGAAACUGAGCUCUCGCCGAUUCAGGAAAGCCCUCGGUCGCCGAACGCUCCCUCAAAAUUUGGUCUUACUAAAGAAAGCAACGAACCUCAAAAGACAAUGAAUGUUCCUCCUACGAGAGAGGAACCUCCCAAAACCAGAAUAUGGCAGCCGCCUCCUCGGACUGAACCCCCCAAACCAGGCCCCGCAGCGAGGCAGUGGUCUGAUCCGGGCCCCCCGCGGAGGCCCAACUCAUUUCUACCGCCCAAAAAUGAUGUAAGUUGUAUGCUUUUGCCGAGAGACUUGUAUUCUAUUAACCGUUAUUCCCCUUACAACCUGGCUUGCAGUUCGCGUUAAGGUUGUUUACUUAAUAAUGUGUUUUACCUUAGAAUGGGCUCUAAAAAUUGAGCAAACGUCCUCAGAGGAGUAUUUUGGUGGCCUAUUGGCGGGAGCCAUGUCCAGCGCUGGCCAUGAAAUCCAGAGUUUCUUCACUUCUUACUUAGUUCUACACUUCUCAGAGGUGUGGAAGUGUCGAAUAGUCCGACAGAGUAAGGAUAUUGUCGCACUUUCCCCCAGUCAUGAACCCUUUGUCAUUCUUUACUUAGUUCUACACUUCCCGGACGUCUGGAAGUGUGGAAAAGUCCGACAAAGUAAGGAUAUUGUCGCACUUUCCCCCAGUCAUGAACCCUUUGUCAUUCUUUACUUAGUUCUACACUUCUCAGAGGUGUGGAAGUAUGGAUAAGUCCGACAAAGUAAGGAUAUUGUCGCACUUUCCCCCAGUCAUGAACCCUUUGUCAUUCUUUACUUAGUUCUACACUUCUCAGAGGUGUGGAAGUGUGGAAAAGUCCGACAAAGUAAGGAUAUUGUCGCACUUUCCCCCAGUCAUGAACCCUUUGUCAUUCUUUACUUAGUUCUACACUUCUCAGAGGUGUGGAAGUGUGGAAUAGUCCAACAAAGUAAGGAUAUUGUCUCACUUUCCCCCAGUCAUGAACCCUUUGUCAUUCUUUACUUAGUUUCCACACUUCGCAAAGGUGUGGGAAGUGGGGAAUAGUGUGACAAAGUAAGGAUAUUGUCUCACUUUUCCCCCUGUUGAGAACCCCUUGUCAUUCUUUACUUAGUUCCACACUUCUCGGAGGUGUGGAAGGGUAGAUUAGUCUGACAAGUUAAGUUUAAUGUCGCACUUUCCCUGAGUCACGAGAAGCUCAGUAAGCUUUAUGAGCACUUGGUUUUAUUUCUGUAUGGUUUUUCACAUUCUUCCUUAAGAACUAUUUUUAUUUUGAAUAGCAGAUAUAACCAUUGUUUCAAUGCCAGCUGUUGAAAGAAACUUAAAGUUAAGAAAUCCGAUCACCAACCAUGCUUUCUUCCUUAUCAGUAAGGGUUCAAAUUUGAUCAUUGUUAGAUCACGCCAUAUAUCCACUGUUUCUCAGUUUUUCCUCUUCUCUAAGGUUAUGUAAAUGCUGGACAUAAAUUAUGAAAAAGACGAAGUGUCCUCUGUUCAUUUUCCUUGUCAUUUUUGCAUAUUUUGACAGCCAAGAGAAGGUCUGCUCGCAAACUUCUGUGUCAAUCUGUAGGUGAAACACAAAGAGGUCAUAUGACAACAUCAAAACGUCUGUAUAUCGCUUCAUGCUUGAAUGCACUUAUAUGCCGCCAAAGGAUUAAUUACCGUGAUUAAAUAGCUCAGUCAGUGAUAAGAUUAAAAUAAGUUUCAGUGUUCUGGCCGACGACCUAUUAAAUGAAACUGAGAUCGUUAUAGUACUAAAUAAAAUUAACAACAUUGCACACCACAUCGUCAGACUAUUCCCCACUUCCACACCUCUGAGAAGUGUAGAACUAAGUAAAGAAUGACAAGGGGUUCUUAACAGGGGGAAAAGUGUGACAUUAUCCUGACUUUGUCAGACUAUUCCCCACUUCCUCACCUCUGAGAAGUGUAGAACUAAGUAAAGAAUGACAAGGGGUUCUUAACAGGGGGAAAAGUGUGACAUUAUCCCGACUUUGUCAGACUUUUCCACACUUCCACACCUCUGAGAAGUGUAGAACUAAGUAAAGAAUGACAAGGGGUUCUUAACAGGGGGAAAAGUGUGACAUUAUCCUGACUUUGUCAGACUAUUCCACACUUCCACACCUCUGAGAAGUGUAGAACUAAGUAAAGAAUGACAAGGGGUUCUUAACAGGGGGAAAAGUGUGACAUUAUCCCGACUUUGUCAGACUUUUCCACACUUCCACACCUCUGAGAAGUGUAGAACUAAGUAAAGAAUGACAAGGGGUUCUUAACAGGGGGAAAAGUGUGACAUUAUCCUGACUUUGUCAGACUAUUCCCCACUUCCACACCUCUGAGAAGUGUAGAACUAAGUAAAGAAUGACAAGGGGUUCUUAACAGGGGAAAAGUGUGACAUUAUCCCGACUUUGUCAGACUUUUUCCACACUUCCACACCUCUGAGAAGUGUAGAACUAAGUAAAGAAUGACAAGGGGUUCUUAACAGGGGGAAAAGUGUGACAUUAUCCCGACUUUGUCAGACUUUUCCACACUUCCACACCUCUGAGAAGUGUAGAACUAAGUAAAGAAUGACAAGGGGUUCUUAACAGGGAGAAAAGUGUGACAUUAUCCUGACUUUGACAGACUUUUCUACACUUCCACACCUCUGAGAAGUGUGGAACUAAGGAUGAAAAAGGAAAGUAGGGAUCUUGUGGCCAGCACUGGACAUUUGUGAUUGGCGGGGGGGGGGGGGGUGAAGCCGCUUGCCACUUACAUCUGACAUCUGCAUCACUUCUGAACAAAAGAAGACAACAGGUUGUUCUGAUUAUACUGCAUGCACUUUAAGAUAUAUGUCUCAUGAUACUGCCGCUUUUGGCCCGGUUCUUUUGACCAAAAGUGGACAAAGUAGGAAUUCAACAGAAUUCCAAAUCUAAUUUUGUGAAAUGCUGGAAAACAUACAGUACAGAUGUACUAUACAAUAACCACACUAUUCAUUUGAAACUCAGAAGUCAUUCUUAAAAUUAAAAGCACCUUACAAGAUUUCAUCAUUUUAUUAAAGAAUACUAUUAGUCUCUCACUUUCCUUAGGGCUUCGCGCGAGUGUUGAUUUUUUCACGGGCUGUCGUUACGAGUUUUUGCUGGCUCUACUAUCCCUGAGAAAAAAGAGGGACUAUUAGUUGUUUAGUAAGGGAGCUGUAACAAUACUUACUUUUAAAACUAACACAUUUGAGUCGAGCACUUCUCCUUUUAAUUCCCAGGGCCCUAAAUUUGGUCAAGGCGCUGGUGGGAUGGGUUCCGUGAAAGACCGCAUGGCUUUCUUUAGAAAGGCAGCCGAAGAAGAGCAAAAGGCAAAGGCGAAACAGUUUGUACACAGAGCGCCAAGUGCACCUACUCCUGUGAACAGGUUUAAAGCAACGACGCCACCCAGUCAAACCGGUUCGACAGCUGUAAAUAGCUCGACAAGUGCAACGACUCCUACAAGCCCUACAGAGAAAGUAUCGCUGAAGAAGGCACCGGAUCCAAACAAGACGUACGUUAGAAUCGAUUUUUUUUCGUUGUUUUUUCGUUAUUUUCAUAGCUUGCAUUUACAGUUCUUUAUUGUUCUGCUUUCGUUUACGUAAGAAGAAGGAACGAUUGUCAAGUAUCCGAGACACUCACGUGCAGGUUCACGUUAUCCCGGCAAAACUGCCCACAUCCCAACCUCGUUCCCAUGGUGAAAGAGAGAGGACCCUGGAAACGAGGUUGCCCCCAUCGCUCCCCCAAGCAAUGCGCCUUCUCACUGGUGGGAAAUUCAUUCAUGGUCUUCAAAAGCGUACUACUUAAUUGAUAUUUUUCACGACGUCAUUUCUUUUAUUUACAGUCCAAGAGAUCUGAAAAAGAAACCUCAGUUAAAAAGACAAAUGUCUGUGUCAUCGCUGAUCCUGACGUGGUGUAAAGACGUCACUCAAGAGUACGAGGUAAAUUAUUCAUUUAGCAAUUAUCAAGUAAUAGAUUAUUCAUUAAGUCUCUGAUGUACACUACUGGAGCCAAUCCCCGAGGUGAGACUACGGGAAAACUUAAAAAGAAGAAAAAAACAACAACAACACCACACUUUGAAUAGGGGUGCUUGAAAUAUGUCGUUUACAUAUUUGUUUGCAAGUGUGCCAGUGUUUUAUAUAAUUCUUUGAAAAGGGCCAGCAUUAACACUGAACGUUUCAAAGAUAGCUUUUUUAAUAGAUUAAUUUUUAAAUAUAAUCUAGCUGUGUAAAUACCCCAUAUGUAUUUUUAAUCAAUUUGAUCUUUUUUAUUCAUCUUGUCAUUGUAAUUUUUUCUAUCAAUAUAUAUUUUUACUGUAACAUCAGAUAUGUAAUUUUAUCGGAUGCUUUUUAAUAAAGACGUUAUUAUUAUUAUUAUUAUUAUUAUUAUUAUUAUUAUUAUUAUUCUCACUCGAGAGAAUCAUUCUCUCUUGUCUCACUAGUUUUUGCCUCUAGUCGACAUUGUCAUUUUGAAUUCACUAUUGUGCUUAUACAUGAAGCGGCCUUUGGCAGUUUUGGGCAUCCCCUAAACGCCUUUACAUGUUAGACCGACUUUAAGGUCGGAAAAUUUGAGUUUGACGGAGGCACUGGAAUUUAGAAAAAGAGAGAAAAUGGUGAAGUGUGACUUUAAAAUCCCUCUUGGCGUGACUUCGUUAAGGAUGUACCAAUUAACUGAUUUUUGAGAGGGGGUUGAGAAGGAGAGGGGGAUGCAUAAAUAAUACUUGUAAAAGUUAUUGCCAUUUUCUUUAUUUUCUUUUAUUACAGGGGGUAAACAUUACGAAUUUCAGUGGUAGUUUCAGCUCUGGAUUAGCUUUCUGUGCUCUAAUACAUAAAUUUAACCCGGACAAGUUUGAUUACAACUUACUUUCCGCGGAAAACAGAGAACACAACUUUAAAUUGGCGUUUGAGACCGGGAUGUAAGUAUUUUUAAAUAGCUCUGUUCAGACCACAGUAUUGUUCCUCUUGCUCAACUGUAUUGCGGAAUAGAAAUUAAUUAGCAAUUAUUGGAUUCUGCUUUCGUGUAGUGAAAUUUAACAAUUAUUUAAUGUUCAGCUGAUUAUAAUGUGGAGAAUUAUGCAGAUCGAGAAGAUUGUCAUUUCAUUAAUUUCUUAGGGCCUGUUUACAUGGAGGUGGGGGACCCCAGGUAGGUGAGGUAACCCGCUUAGGUGAGGCAAAAAAAUAACCCGCCUUUACAUGCAAUCUUACAACCCCGCCUUCCCGGGGUGCACUUUCUCAAGAUUAUUGAAUGGUCGCUAAGCACGUAAACAAGAAAAAUGCUGGCAAACCACGAGUUUUGGCGAUUAAUGCACUUUUUCACUCACUUGUUGCUCUUGCUGCAACCCGUCAGUGCAAUAGCUUUCUAUUGUUAACUUUAAUCAUAAUGCAAAGACACCGCGAAAGUGAAUUUUGCGCGAAUUUGAUGUAUCACGAAUCCGACCCCGGCCAGGCGGGUUACCCCACCUUGAAACGUUUACAUGACAAAUUGUGACCCCGGCUGAGAGGGUAACCCGGUCUGGUAGACCGGGCUACCCGCCUUGGCGGGUCACCCCACCUAUCAUGUAAACGUGAUCAAAUGAAAAUGAGAGAUUAUAUGGACAGGCGGGUUACCCCACCUAAGCGGGUUACCUCACCUACCUGGGGUCCCCCACCUCCAUGUAAACAGGCCCUUAGUUCUUUACUACAAACUUUGCGGAAACUGAAUAGUUGGGUUCAAAUAAAGUAAUCUAACGAAUCGUAAGCGAUUGAUGUUAGACGACGAAACAAUUAAUGAUUUUACCGCGCAAUUGAAUAACUAGGCACUGAAUAUUACAAUUUCAUAAUAAACCGCUUACCAAAAAUUUAAAAAAAAAUCUUGGGCGAUGCACGUACGACUGAAAUAUUUGAACACUUCACGGUAGCCAAUCAAAAUCAGCGCGCACAGAGAAGUGGAUGAUGUGGUCAGUAGGAACUGGCUGUACUGUGCAACCCGAUGAUUAGUCUUUUUUCUCUUUCUUCACAGCUCUGUUGGGAUUCCUGCUCUUCUUGAUGUAGAAGAUAUGGUUAGACUCAAAAAGCCUGAACCACGAAGCGUACAGUGCUAUGUUCAAAUGAUAUUUAGUAAAUAUCGACCUAAAGAUUUGGACAUGUCCAAUCUCAUUAUCGCUUGACGUUCUUUGAAUUAUUUUUGUUUGCAAUAUGCAAUAAGCACCGUUGCCAGACUACACUGUGGAUUUUCCUUACGGAUAAUCGACCGAGGAAAAGGAAUUUCUUUCCACGCAGAUAAUUCGCGAAAGAACUGAGUCAGCCGCUGUUCGAAGUUUGGAUAUAUCCAGAAGUGUAUAUGCUUAUUUGGAGACAUUUCUACAAGGUCAUUGUUGUAUAGAUUCUCCGUGAGGUGCUACACCACUUCACAAUCAAUUCAGCACGCUGGAAUUGUUUAGCUGGGACAACGACAAUUUAACUAGAGCUAGAUCUACUCAUCAACUAGAGAACACUCUCAAAAUGCUAUUCUACAGUCCCGUUUUUCAGUUUUAUUGAAUGCAAUGGAAUAUUUCCGACAAGGAGAUGUCUGAAAGUUCGCAGCCUGAUUUUGGAAGUCCGCACAAUCACUGAACAUUGGG